GUGUCACUUCCUGUUUGUUGUGGUGUCACUUCCUGUUUGUGGUCCUGUGUUGGUGUCUCAUGGUGUCACUUCCUGUUUGUUGAGAUGUCACUUCCUGUUUGUGGUCCUGUGUUGUUAUCGUUGUGGUGUCACUUCCUGUUUGUGGCCAUUUGUUAGUGUGUCCUGGCGUCACUUCCAGUUUGUUGUGGUAUCACUUUCUGAUGUGUUAAUUCCUGUUUGUUGAUGUGUCACUUCCUGCUUUUCAUGGUGUCACCGCUGUUUGCCAUGUUGUCACUUCCUGUGUGGUGUCAUUUUGUUUGUGGCAUCCUUGUCAGCAUUUACUGUUGUGUCAUGGUCAUUUCCUGUUUGUCGUGACAUCACUUCCUCCAUGUUGGCUUGGCAUCGUGGGGGUCAUGGCUGUCCAUUGUGGCAUCACUUCCUGUUUGCUGCCUUCACUUCCUGCCCAGUGUGGUGGUUGCUUCCUGUCUUUGGCAGUCCUUCCCUGCACCUCACUGUCCAUUGUGUCACUUUCCCUCCACCAUUCCAUUUCCUGUGAUGCGUUUCCUCUCUUGUGAGGUCACUUCUUGCUCGGAGUGACAUCAGCACCCUCUCCCCCACCUUGUAUGUUCAGAGAUGGGCCCGUCGUGCCCCGAUGGCAUCACACCUGAUGUUGUAACCAUGACAUCCUCUGCCUUGGCAAUGCUCCUAACCCACCAGGGCAUCCCCACUCUGUGAUGUCAUCUUACGCCCUGUGAUGUCAUCCCCAUGUACAGCCAUCUCUGUUAUUCACCCACCUCCCCGAGUAUUGUCAGCGCUGGUGUCAAUUACCGAUUUGGGGGGAUAACCCCCAAAAGGGAUGCGGCUGUGCGCGGAGUCAGAGGCUACAAAGGAGAGAAGGGAGAGCCGGCCGUCAUGGAACCGGGAAUGCUGGUGGAGGGCCCCCCCGGCCCUGAGGGACCUGCGGGCAUAUCGGGGCCACCGGGCACACAGGGCCCCCCGGGACCCCCAGGAGAUCCUGGUGAGAGGGGUCCUCCUGGCCGUUCAGGUCUCCCUGGCUCGGAUGGGACGCCUGGACCCCCUGGCACAUCUCUCAUGCUCCCGUUCCGGUUUGGGAGCAGCGGUGGAGACAAGGGGCCUGCGGUGUCAGCACAAGAGGCACAAGCGCAGGCCAUUUUACAGCAAGCCCGGAUGGCCCUGCGUGGCCCCCCAGGACCCAUGGGAUACACCGGCCGGCCUGGGCCCCUGGGGCAGCCAGGGGGCGCCGGGCUGAAGGGGGAAGCCGGAGACUUCGGACCCCAGGGACCCCGCGGGCCGCAGGGCCUGUCUGGCCCCCCGGGGAAGCCUGGAAGGAGGGGUCGUGCUGGAGCCGAUGGUGCCCGGGGGAUGCCCGGGGAGCCUGGCGUUAAGGGCGACCGAGGCUUUGACGGGUUGCCGGGGCUGCCGGGGGACAAGGGGUACAGGGGUGAGACGGGUUCCCAGGGCAUCCCAGGCCCCCCUGGUGAGGAUGGACAGCGGGGAGACGAUGGAGAGGUCGGCCCCAGAGGGCUCCCUGGAGAACCGGGACCCAGAGGUUUGCUUGGACCCAAAGGCCCACCGGGGAUCCCCGGGCCUCUGGGCGUGCGUGGCAUAGAUGGUCCCACUGGGCCCAAAGGGAACCUGGGGCCUCAAGGCGAGCCAGGUCCCCCAGGUCAGCAGGGAACUCCAGGCACCCAGGGAUUACCUGGACCACAAGGUGCUAUGGGCCCCCCCGGAGAGAAGGGUCCCACAGGCAAACCUGGUCUCCCCGGCAUGCCAGGGUCUGACGGGCCUCCCGGGCAUCCGGGGAAGGAAGGUCCGUCGGGAACCAAAGGUAACCAGGGUCCAUCCGGUCCCCAAGGUCCGAUUGGCUACCCAGGCCCACGUGGUGUGAAGGGCGUGGAUGGAAUUCGGGGGCUGAAGGGUCACAAGGGUGAGAAGGGUGAGGACGGAUUCCCCGGGUUCAAAGGCGACUUCGGGGUGAAAGGAGACAGGGGCGAGGUGGGUGUCCCAGGAGGCAGAGGAGAGGAUGGACCGGAAGGUCCCAAAGGCCGGACCGGACCCUCGGGUGACCCGGGUCCCCUCGGACUGGUGGGAGAGAAGGGGAAGCUGGGCGUACCAGGUCUUCCCGGAUACCCAGGACGGCAAGGCUCGAAGGGAUCUCAGGGCUUCCCUGGAUUCCCUGGCACCAAUGGUGAGAAGGGUGCUCGGGGUCUAUCCGGGAAGCCAGGGCCCCGGGGUGAGCGCGGCCCCUCGGGUCCCAGGGGCCAGCGGGGGCCACGAGGAGCCACUGGAAAGCUGGGGGCGAAGGGCACCUCUGGCGGUGACGGCCCCCAUGGCCCUCCCGGGGAAAGGGGACUCCCGGGCCCCCAGGGGCCAAACGGCUUCCCCGGACCCAAAGGGCCACCGGGCCCCCCUGGCAAGGACGGGCUUCCCGGGCACCCCGGUCAGCGAGGAGAAGUCGGUUUCCAAGGCAAGACGGGCCCCCCCGGCCCCCCAGGAGUGGUGGGACCUCAGGGCGCUUCUGGGGAGUCUGGUCAGAUGGGGGAGAGAGGUCACCCAGGGCCCCCCGGGCCCCCGGGAGAGCAGGGCUUGCCAGGACCCUCUGGGAAAGAAGGAACCAAGGGAGACCCCGGCCCCCCGGGAGUCCUCGGGAAAGACGGCCCGGCUGGACUGCGCGGUUUCCCCGGUGAGCGUGGGCUGCCCGGCACCCCGGGUGGCACGGGGCUGAAAGGGAACGAGGGGCCGGCCGGACCCCCAGGACCUGCUGGCUCCCCCGGCGAGAGAGGUGGCCCUGGGCAGGGCGGCCCCAUCGGACCCCCAGGCAGACCGGGCCCCCAAGGGCCACCAGGCCCCGCUGGAGAGAAAGGAGUUCCUGGUGAGAAAGGUCCCAUAGGCCCUGCUGGCCGUGAUGGAGUCCAGGGUCCCGUUGGGCUGCCCGGCCCAGCGGGGCCCCCAGGGGGUGCUGGUGAGGACGGCGACAAGGGCGAGGUGGGCGAGCCGGGCCAGAAGGGUGGCAAAGGCAACAAGGGAGAACACGGUCCCCCAGGCCCCCCAGGUCCCAUGGGCCCAGUUGGGCAGCCUGGAGCAGCCGGGGCUGAUGGGGAGCCGGGCGCUCGGGGCCCCCAGGGCCACUUUGGGGCAAAGGGCGACGAAGGAACCCGCGGAUUCAACGGGCCGCCUGGCCCCAUCGGGCUGCAGGGUCUGCCGGGCCCGGCGGGGGAGAAGGGUGAGACAGGUGACGUGGGCCCCAUGGGCCCCCCAGGACCACCGGGGCCGCGUGGCCCAGCCGGACCCUCUGGAGCCGACGGACCCCAAGGCGGCCCCGGAGGCAUCGGCAACCUGGGCCCCCCCGGAGAGAAGGGUGAGCCUGGCGAGUCGGGUGCCCCCGGCAUCCCUGGGGAGCCAGGAGUCAAGGGCCCGCGAGGAGAGCGAGGGGAGAAAGGAGAGACCGGAGCCGCUGGCACAUCUGGACCCCCUGGAGGGAAAGGGCCCCCCGGAGACGAUGGGCCCAAGGGGAACCCCGGUCCUGUUGGUUUCCCAGGGGAUCCAGGCCCCCCAGGUGAAAUGGGCCCCAGGGGCCAGGACGGGGCGAAGGGCGAGCGAGGCGAGGAUGGGGAACCCGGGCAGCUGGGCUCGCCAGGCCCGACAGGAGAGAAUGGCCCCCCAGGCUCCCCAGGGAAGAGGGGUCCCGCAGGCUCCCCGGGUCCCGAGGGGCGUCAGGGCGAGAAGGGCACUAAGGGCGAGCCAGGCGCCGUGGGACCCCCUGGCAAGACUGGCCCCGUGGGGCCCCAGGGACCGGCCGGCAAGCAGGGGCCUGACGGGCUGAGAGGCAUCCCUGGCUCAGUGGGAGAACAAGGCAAGCCGGGCGCCACGGGCCAGACGGGCCCCCCUGGACCUGUGGGCCCCCCGGGGCUGCCCGGCCUCAAAGGGGACUCCGGAGCCAAAGGAGAGAAGGGCCACCCCGGUCUGAUCGGCCUGAUUGGGCCCCCGGGCGAGCAGGGAGAGAAAGGGGACCGGGGCCUGCCUGGCCCGCAGGGCUCCCUGGGGUCCAAAGGAGAGACCGGGAUCCCUGGUGCUACCGGCCCCAUCGGCCCCGCCGGGCCCCCGGGACUUCCUGGCCCGGCCGGUCCCAAGGGUGCGAAGGGAGCCACGGGACAAGCUGGCCCCAAGGGUGAACGAGGCGUCCCCGGCCCCCCCGGACACCCGGGCCCCCCCGGGGAGGUGAUCCAGCCGCUGCCCAUCCAGCUGCCCAGGAAGGGCAAGCGGUCGAUCGACGCCAGCCAGCUGGUGGGCGAGGACGGGGAGGGGCUGGCGGCGGACGGGGCCCACGGCCACGCGGGCGGCAUGGACGAGAUCUUCGGCUCCCUCACCGCCCUCAAGCGGGAGAUCGAGCAGAUGAAGCACCCGAUGGGCACCCAGGACAACCCGGCCCGCACCUGCCAGGACCUGCGGCUCUGCCACCCCGACCUGCCCGACGGCAAGUACUGGAUCGACCCCAACGAGGGCUGCUCCCGGGACUCCUUCAAGGUGCAUUGCGACUUCACGGCUGGCGGGGAGACCUGCCUCUUCCCCACCAAAGAGAUGCAGAAGGUCCAGAUGUCUGUGUGGCAGGAGGAGAAGCCCCCGCGCUGGUUCAGCCAGUUCCGGGAAGGAAGGAAGUUCUCGUACGUGGACGCGGACGGGCGCCCGGUGGGCGCGGUGCAGCUCACCUUCCUGCGGCUGCUCAGCGUGGCCGCCCGGCAGAACUUCACCUACCACUGCCAGCGCUCGGUGGCCUGGCACAGCGCCGCCUCCGGGGGCCACCAGCGCGCCCUCCGCCUCCGGGGCGCCAACGAGGAGGACAUGAGCUACGACAACAGCCCCUACAUCACGGCCCUCACCGACGGCUGCGCGCGGCGGAAGGGCCCGGACAGGACGGUGCUGGAGGUGAACACGCCCCGCGUGGAGCAGCUCCCCCUGCUGGACGCGCACUUCACGGACUUUGGGGAGCCCAACCAGAAGUUUGGGUUUGAGGUGGGAUCCGUCUGUUUCCUGGGCUAGGACCAACCCCCGUGAGCCCUGCCCUGGUCCCUGAGGGACUGUCCCAGCCUGGCCCAGGCCCCACCAUCCCCCGAGCAGCGAAGCUACGGGACCUACCGGCCACCCGAGGGACGGACCCGCCACGACGACCCACAGCCACCGAGACCGACGCACCCGGCGCUGGGACCAGGGACCGGAGAGAGACACCGAAGAGACGUCACUGCUUAGAGCCCUCCUGUAUUUUAACAUGUAGCGAGAGGACAGUUACACCCACGCGCUGGCUGGAUCCCUCGGAGCCCCACAAUCCUCCAGCCAGAGCUCCCAGAAUGCCCAGCUACAUCCCUCAUUGCCUGUGGGCCAUAUUCCCCAGAGUGUCUCAGGGCUCACCCUCCAUAUCUCCCAGAGCCCCUCAGCUCUAACCCGACUGGAGCCACCCCAAAACGAUGGACCCGGUACCCCAAUUUCCCUCUGACCGGGGAGCGAAGCCAUUAAUGUCUAAUGAACAUUGUGAGCGAACCAGAGUUAAUACGUCAGCAGGGCGGCCGGCUCCCCUGUGCCGGGCAGCAUCGUGGAUAGAGGACCUGGGUUAACCCCCGUGGGCUCCCGUCCCCCCUCCCCACAGUGCUGACACCUGUCACAGUGACCACGACCCUCAUGCUUCAGGGCAGGUGCCAGCCUGCAGGGAUGGGGUCAGGAGGAAACUUCCUCCUCACUUCCUUUAAUUCCUGGUUUAGUCACCUCCUGCACGGUCCCUGCCCUUUCCACCCAGAGCAGCGCAGGUGGGAGGCCAGGCUAGAUGGGCCCCUGGUCCGGGCCAGGCUGGGAUUCCUCCGCCUCCUUCAUCCCUAUCAACGGGCUCUAGUCCCCCUCCCUCCCCCCGUACUAAUUCACAUUUCUUCUUCCUUUGCCAUUAAUCUCAGUGGGGUGCUCCCCUCCCCCACUAUGGUAAUUAGUAUUGAUUUGUGAGGCUCCAACCCCUCCCCCACUGGACUAAUUAAUAUCAAAGGAACAAAACAUAUUAAUUAAUAUCAGUGGGGUGCCCCCCCCUCCCCCUGGUACUAAUUAGCGUUAAUUGACAUGGACAGGGCUCCAUGGCCCUUCUCUGCCCUACCCAUGCUCUGUCCCUUCCCUGCCGUACCAGUUACAAUAAUGAACAAACCCUGUUAAUUAACAUCUCCCCAAGGCUCAGAUCCCCCCACCCCCGGCUGUUUGCAAGGGAUCGUUGCUCUGGGUGUAUCUUAAAAGCCUUCACUAACCUCCCCCCGUGGGAGAGGCCGAGGAGCGAAGAGAAGGACGCUGGCUAGAUUGUUUUAUUUUAAAUUAAUUCUAUUAUUUAAGGCGCGGAGACAUACAGGGGUCUGGGCCCUGUCGCGGAGUUUGAAUCCCACACGAGCCCAGCACUCCGGCGACGCUGCCCGUCCUGCAGCUGGGGGGGGGGGGGGUCCAAUUGAUUUUCUCGGGGCCACCGGACACGUUUCACGGGGCGACUGUCUUGGCUUUUCGGGGUCUGACAGGCGGCGGGCGCCCCCGGUGCUGAGCCGGCGGCCGGUGGAAUGUUUGUAAGUAAUGUUGGAAGUUGUGUUAAUAGAUCAGCUAGAAUUUU